UGCCAAUAAAAGUAUAAGAUAAACAAAAAACAUAAAAACUUUUUUUUAGUCAUAAUUUAUUAAUUUGUUAUAAAAAUUAUAAAUUUGUGUUAGCAUAUCGUGUUAUUAUGGAAGCCACAGAAGAUAUAAAAGAUUUCAAAGUUGAAAUUAAAGAAGAGCAGGAGGAAUAUGAUUUGGAAUCGAGUAAAUCUAUAUUAUACAGUCAGCUAUCUACAGAAAUUGAAAUUGGAGAUGUUAAGAAUGAACCCAAGGAUGAGUCAGGGUUUUCUCAGAACAAAUUGCAAGUCGUGAAAACUGAACAUGCAGGCCCUCCAGAACAACCAGAUGCAACAACUGAAGAAACAACAGUAAAGAAUUCUACAUAUAGAUGUAAAAUUUGUUUUAAGCAAUUUAACUACACACGAUAUUUGAAUCGUCAUAUAAAAAGGCACUCUAGCGGAAAGCCUUACAAGUGUGACAUUUGUUUGAAGCAGUUUUCUCAGAAAAUGCAUUUGAAAUCACACUCGAGAGUGCACACUGGAGAAAAGCCUUAUGCGUGUGAAAUUUGUUUUAAACAGUUUGCUCAUGCUCCAGAUUUAAAGAGACAUUUGAGAGUUCACACUGGAGAAAAGCCUUACAUGUGUGAAAUUUGUUUUAAGCAGUUUGCUAGACCAAGUACUUUGAAAAUACAUUUGAGAUCGCACACUGGAGAAAAACCUUACAAGUGUGAAAUUUGUUUUAAGCAAUUUAGUGAAGCAAGUAAUGUGAAAAAACAUUUGAGAUUGCACACUGGGGAAAAACCUUAUAAGUGUGAAAUUUGUUUUAAGCAGUUUACACGAAGAGGUCAUUUGAAGACUCACUUGAGAAUACACUCUGCAUAAAAUCCCAUUAGAAAGCUUAAAAUACAUAAGUGGUGAAACCUUAGGCUCAUUUCGCACCAAGCGAGUCCAGUUAAGUUACCUCUAAUAAAUCCUGUCAGAUGCUCGAAGAUUUGUCCUGCUGCGGUAAUACUUAAGUAAAUCAAACACGUUUUUGUAUUGUUUCACACUGACCCAAUCACAUCCAGUCGAGUCGAUUUGUGUCGAGUCAAAGACUCUUAUUGAUUCGACAGGUCCAAUUUUUACAUAAAUCUUGUUCAGUCACUGCACAGUGUUCACAUAAAAAUGGAUAUUCUAAAUAUGGCAUUACUUAAAUGAAAAAAUGAAGCGAUGCUCAUUAGAAAAGAGUUGUAAAACGUAUUAGGAUCAUCUAGUAAAGCAGGAAACAUAAUAUAUGACUGAAUGAACCAAAAACGGGUCUUCUAAUAUUCGCUGUGUGCAAGUACUUGGAGGGGAUACGAGAAACGAUCGUGCGCGAAUAGCGGAGAAAUCUUGCAACUUUCUUAAAUAAUUCAUAUUGUCAAUUCAAAGUGUCAAAUUGACGUAUAUUUCAUACCUACUGUCAUUGAAGAAGAAAAAUGAUAUGUUGCUCCACAAUAUUGAUAUGAUAUGCAAUUAUUAUAUAAAAGUAAAUUUAAUUAAUUGUAUUUUGCUUGUAGUACUGCAUUUUAAUAAUUAAUUUUAUUUACUACAUACAAUUGUUUACCUUUUAAUAACAUAAUCUCAAUAUUAAUUUUUCUUCUUAUAAUUUUUUUGGGCUAUGGCCUUGACAAUUAUCCAGCAACCAGGACUAAUAUAAUUGGCCAAUAUAAUUAAAAGUGGUAAAAAUGUUGCUGAGCUAUGAAACCAGGUGUCGCUUUUCCGAACUUGCACGGUCCCAAUAUGUACACCUGGUUCCAAAAAAAACUGAUACGACUCUUGAAGCGUAUUUUGUAGAAAAUUGAGCAGUGUAUUUUGAAGGAUAAAUACUUAAUAUUUACAUACUGUCAAUGUCACUGCCAAAUCUUAAAAUUUGUCAGAUAGCUUAUUCUGUUCCACGGUUAUUAGACUUUAUUAUUAAUCUUUAUUAUUAAUACUUUCUCCGCAACUGAGAGUAUCUUAUCAACUGGGUUUUUUUUUAAACAAUAGAUGAUAAAAUAAAAAUAUUGACAGUUCAAAAAUGUGAACAUUAUUGCAUUGUGUGUGGCCUAAGUUUGGGCUGAAAACUGAAAUGUAUUACAUUUUUACAAAAUUUUGGAAUAUGUUUAAUUACGUAGACCAAUUUUAACAGUUGUUUUCAAUACAGAUUUCAAUCCUCUACAAAUAGUUUCUAAUGUCUUUUGAUGUCAAAUAAUUAGGGAAGCUGGAAUUUAACAGUUUAGAAUUUUACAUUGAGUUAAUGCAAAAUUGUGACGCAUGUCAAAAUUCUCAAUGUAUUUUAAUUGUAUUCAUUUUCUUCGAAUCCUGAGAAAACUAAUAAAUAUUUUUGAAAAAUUUAAACUCAGAAUGAAAGACUACAUUAUUACCGAGGGCUGAAAGUCCCUGAAAACUUCUAUAAUAUUUAUUUUAAUAAGUUACAGGGCUGAAUUGAAUAUUAAUUUGUUUUGUUGUAUAAUCCACGUUUACAAUAAUUAUGUGAUCUAUUUGAUGUAAAAACUAUCAGUUAGAUAGUUAAUAUAAAAGUUUAGAUAGAUUUAAAAUAAUAUAAACAUUUAGACCUUAAUAAUUAGUACAAUUUAUGAAUUAACGUAAUAUGUAAUCAGUUGUUUGUUGUUUGUUUAUUUUAUUAUUUGUAUGUCAUAAUAAAUAUAAUGUCAGAUCAAUCAAAUACACUGCUCAACAUGAUCAAAUCUUACCAAGAGUCGUAUCAGUUUUUUUAGGAACCGGCUGUACAUGGGAUAAACCCAAAAUAGUUUUACUUGUUGCGUCAUUCAUCUUCUUCGAAGGCAACAUAAUAUUACUGUUUGAACUACUAAAUCCAUUUAUAACCACAUCUCAGAUAACAAUAUAAACUUGUUUCAAAUUUGCAAUAAGUUUGAUACAUCAAACAUGAAAGCUUGCUGCAGGUUUGCCAUGGCAACUUUGCAAACUUGCAGCAAGAUUAAAUCAAACUUGCUAGUUGGAGUGUGACAAACUUGCAUGAAGUUUGUUUUUUCAAACUUGAUAUAACAAACUUGCUGAAGGUUUGUUUUUUCAAACUUGCUUAAGGUUUGUUUUGAGAUACUAGCCACAAUUUGAAUAAAACAAUGUGAAUAAAAAUACAAUACCAUUUUAUAUAACUAUUCAUUAAUCACUCAAUUAAAAUACAAUCUAUCGUCUAAAAUUAUUUAUUGGAUCUUACAUUAAACCCGCUAGCUUCAUAUUCCGAUUGUGUUCCGAUUUCCGAUGCUCAGUUUUUUCUAUCAGCUCUGAAACAAAUAAAAGAAAUUGUUAUAAACCCUUGCUGUGUGAACAGAAUUAAUAUUUGCUAUUAAAAGAGAUAAAAAGAUGUUACAGUAACAAUUUUACAAUAAAAUCUAAAACUUAUUUACAUAUCGAUGGUUAAGAGCGCAGAUAUAGUAUGUCCACUUUUUGCUGAUUUUAAGAUAAUAUAAGAAUAUUCAGUAGGGUCAUAUGAAUGUUCUGCAUAAUUACUGUAAGUCCAGAAUGAUUGUAAAUGGGUUAAACCGCUUUGCCAAAAUAUAGUAUUUCCCAUUUCUACUAAAAACCGACUUGCACAGAUAUUUUAUGUCCGUUUGGAAGUGCACAAACAUAGUAUGUUUUGGGACAUACAAUAUUAGUGCUCACGCGAUCAAACUUAUCAUGGCUGUAAAUAUUGUUUGUCCGGACAUGCAGUAACAACCCUUAUCUUGUAUGUCCAUACGCAUUUAAAAAAAAUAUUUUUUAACAAAAUAAUAAAUAAAAUUUUAAAAAAUAUCUACAUUAAGCUAAUAAUGAUACCCGAACUUAUUACCCAAACAUUAUGAUAUAUCGGUAUAUCAGCAGUAUCAAACAAAAAGUAACGCGAAAACUUCAAAACGUUCUCCUCAACAAUUAAGAUAUUUGGACAUACUAUAUCUGCGCUCUUAACCAUCGAUAUAAUAUAUUAUAAAUAUAAUUUAUUUUAGAUGGCAGAUACGUAAAUACAGCUAAUAGAGGCAGAGGCUACGAAAAACAUAAAAAAACUUACCUCAAUUUCAACUGAAGAAAAGAAACUUCAGCUUAGUAAUAAUAAUUAAAGUAAUAGAUAGUCUCGUUGUUUCCAACGUUAAGUUAUAAAAAAUUCAAGACAGGGGGAUUCCUUGAGUCCUUUAUUGUUCAACCUGAUCAUGGACGAAAUAAUAAAAAUAGUAAGGACUAAAAAAGGAUACCAAAUGGGAGAAAAACAACUUAAAAUAAUCUGCUAUGCGGACGAUGCAAUACUAAUCUCUCAAAGUGAAGAUGAUUUCCAAAGUUUGCUGCACCAAUUCAACAUAAUCGCCAGAAAAUUUAACAUGUUAAUUUCCUCACAAAAGACAAAAUGCCUGGUUAUAACAGCAGAUCCAAUAAGAUGUAAAUUGGAAGCUGGAAGGUCAGAUAAUAGAGCAAGUGAUUAAGUUUAAAUACCUAGUCAUCACACUAUCUAGCUACGGAAGUCUCGAAACAGAAGUGGAAGAUCAACUGAAUAGAGCAAAUAGAGCCGCAGGUUACCUGAAUGACACAAUAUGGAGAAAUAAACAUAUCGGAAAAGAAAUGAAAGGCAGAAUUUACAAAACAGUCAUCAGACCAAUAAUGACAUACGCGGCAGAAACACGACCCGGCACAAAGAGGCACCCCUUCGAAAAAUCGAUGGUAAGACUCUAUGGGACAGAGCUAGAAGAACAGAUAUACGACGGAGAUGCAAGGUGUAUAACAUUAAUAACUGGGUAAGAAACAGAAGAAUAGAAUGGAAUGACCACAUAAGCCGAAUGACAACAAAUAGGAUAGUCAGGACAGCGAGAGACCGGUUCCCCAAUAGGAAGACGAUCAGUGGGAAGACCACGAAAACGAUGGAACGACAACUUGCUAGAGGCACAUUGAAAAAACAUACAAAGUCAUGUCUAUACAAAAAGAAGAAGGUAUAUCCUCAGAAGUUGGAUAUCAUCAUGACUAUCUUUACUUUUUCUACUGCUGCUUUGAAGAGUUCCAUUGAACUAAUUACAUUUAAAUUAGUACCUUAAAUUUUUCAACUAUGACACUCUCCUUCCUAUAAUCUUUCCGCCUCUUAUAUUUCCCUGUAUUAUCAAUCUUAGCUUUCCAUAUCGCUAUUCCCACAUUACAUGUACAAGAUAUUGUGACUUUCUUAUUUUUAUUGUGUUUAUUGUUUCAUAUUAAGUAUUUGCCCAUUUCUCCCAAUACUUCCAUGUUCGUUUUCUUCUGUCUCCAAACUAUUUUAUGCAUUCUUCUAUAACACCACAUUUCAAAUGACUAGCUUAUUUAUGUGUUCUUUUUUCAGUGUCCAGCUUUCAAAUCCAUAUCUCUCUCUCGACUCUACGUUUUAAUCUAAGAUCGUUAUUGCAGGAAUUGUUUUCAUUUUUACGAACGCAUUUCUUGCUAUUUUUAGACUGGCUCUUAUGUCUGUUGUUUGAUCUAUCAUUAGUUUGUGAAAUCCAGGUUCCCAGAUAAUUUUAUCUAUCAACACUUUCUAAUGAUACAUCUCCCAACUGUAUGUUUGUGUGUAGGUUUGUUUUCUUUGUUAUUAUCAUAUAUUUAGUCUCUUUUAUAUUCAUUUUUAGUACAUAUUUUUCACAGAAACUGCUUAUCUUAUUUAGUAGUAAUUGGAGCUGUUCAGUAGACCUUGACAUCAUCACAGUGUCAUCUGCAUAUUUUAUGUUGUUAAUAGUUCUUUUGUUAAUUAUUAUUCUUUCACUCUCAGAUAGUAAUGCUUAUUUCUAAUUUUUGAACCGGGUUCCUUAUCUAUUACAAUGUGUGCUCUUUGAUUCCGGUAAAGGUUUGUUAUUAUUCUUGAGUCCCUUUUCUCUUUUUUUUUGUCUUUACAAUUUGGACUAAUUUUUCAUAUCUUAUUCUUCAAAUGUCUUUUCAAAAUCAAUUCUGAAUUCAAAAUCUUUUUGUUGAGCAAAUCUUUUCUGUUACUGCUCUUUUAGAAAAUAUCGCAUGUUGUCAAAAAGAAAUAGCAAAA